UUUGCGUUUAUUCGGUCCACACUUCUAAAAAUAGACUAAAUAAUGUUUUUCCGUUUUACUUGUCAAAAUGUCCAGGUUGCAAAAUUAACAUAAAAACUAGACAAUUUAAUGUAUAAUUUACAUUGUUAACUAAAUAACGUUAAAACUUGUUUACUGUGUCAAAUUAAAAGGACUGAAAUAUUUGAAAUUUCAUAAGGAUUAAAGAUGCAUUCGACCACUUAUUUAGCAGCCAUAAUAUUUGGUGGAAUUAGUGUCAUAUUCUGUACAGUCGUGAAUGAGUGUCCUGAAGACAGAGAAAGAUUUUUAGCCAAAACAAAUUUCUGUGACAACUCAUCUUUGUAUCAUUGUUUACCAGAUGAAGAAUGUAAGUUACACAAAAUCUGCAUUCAACCCGUCAAAUCUGCACCAGUACUCGUUAUCCUGAAUAAUAAGGGGACUCUAUUUCCUAAAUAUGUUAUCAGUAUACCCUAUUCAAACAUAGAUGUUUAUGAACUAUUUAGUUUUUUUGUUUGUAAAUUAUCGGUCCAGGAUACUGUAGACACAAAGUUAUUUGAUAAAAUUUUGCAGAAAUUGAAUGUAUCGGUACCAAAAGCCACUGGUUCAUACACUAAACCUUGUGAUCCUCCAACAACACAUCAUUAUUUAGCGACAUUGGAUUGUAAAAUGAAGAAAUCUUGUAACGAACCAAGAAUGUCACCAAAUUUAGGAGUAUACAUUUAUAAUGAAAGUGCUUUCCAGGCGGGUAGACUUAAACUUCAGGAGUUCAAUGUGGGAACAUUAAACAGUUUCUUUUAUUAUAGAAUAGGAUUUAUUCUUAGUACUUUAGAAAGAAUCAAAACUUAUCACGAAGAAGAAUUUGAUAACAAAGGAAUAGAGUCUUGGAAAUUUGAUCGUUCAGAUGCAUCACACACAAACGAGUCAGACAAUACCGAACUCCAUAACCCAGGAAUUGUAGCAGGAAUUAUUGUCAGUAUCAUUGUUUCUUGCAUAAUGAUUGCGCUGACUAUUUUUUGUUGUUGGCGAAAGAGAAGUAAAAUGUCAACAAUAUUCAACAAUAAAAAGAAUGAAACAGGAAGACAGAUUCAUUUAUUAAAUACAAGUGCAAAUUCUAAUUCUAGUGAAUUGCAAGUGAACGACACACUACAAGACCGAUCAACAAAAGUUAUGCAAAUGGAAGAGACACAUAACAGAACAGAAGAAACAAAUAACAUAGAAACGUUUAUUGAGCCCAGAGAAGUCAAGGAAGACCAAUCACAAGAUAUAGAACUAAGUACUGAUGUGGAAAAUAAACAAGAAGACGAGAUACGAAACACCAAAAGUACGUCAGAUUGUGAUACGACUGAACAGCUACAAUCUGGGAAGCAGACGGUGCAUAUCAGGGUAGAAGAUUAUAAACCAAGUUGUUACCCGUUAAAUUCCUCAAACAAACCCCUAAUGCCGCGUGACCUUGAUAACACUGUCCUUUUUGAAGACACAAAAACGUUGUCUGCUUACAAAGACGUUUCUGAAAACUUUUGUGAUGAUCUAUGAACAAAGGUCAUAGACUACAGUUAUCAAUGAGAGCCUUAUUCAUCUGUGCAACUGUCAAGUACCAAACUGAGAUCUAGCCUCAUUUCAAAAGUAUGUUUAUAUCAUUUUGUAAAUAAUUUUUUCAUCAACUGCCAACUCAUUAUUAUAAUUUAUUGAAUGUACAUUAAUUUCACGAGUAAGUUUUCAACAACCUCAUUCACAUUAGUGCAAUGUUUGUACUCCAGGUAAGAAUGUUGGAAAAUAAAAGCAUAACAAAAAAACUAACUAAAAAAAGCGCAGAAAAAUAGAGAAACAGUCAUUAAUUUAUGCAAUUUCCAUAAGCCAUAUAUCAGAUUAUAUCAACUAUAAAAGUCAAAAAUGCUUUAUUGAUAAAAGGAUAUAUAGGACCUUUGCACUGAUACUAUAUAAAAGAGAGGUCAUUAAUUAUAGUGACAAGAAAUUUCAAUCAGAGUUUAAAACAAGACCAACAAGAGACUGGUGUUAAAACAUACGUGUUUAAAUAGCAAAUUGUUCAGUCCAACACUUUUGGUUGAAACAUUUCUGUUUAGGAUUACUUGUACAAGUUAUAAACCAGGUAAUGGCUCCUUGUUAAGGUAAGAGCAGGUGUAGAAAUGAAUGGUAUCCAAAAUAAUGUUAUUAUGAGUGAAACAACGGGUCAAACAAGUAAUUAGACAAUUAAAACAAAAUGUUUGAUCCAUACCAUUUAUUCACUAAUGGAGUUUUGGUAGGGGCAGGAGGCUUUUUCACGGAGGGACGAUUUAUUUUAAUGUUUGAGAUAUCAAUUUUUCCAUAAAAUUUCGUUUGCAAGUGUUUACUUCAUUUUGUGAGGCAAACUAUAUACGUUUAGUCUUUCACGGUAUGAUUAUCGUAAAUUCAGAAAUUUUUGCGUGCAUUUGUUGUUGCGAUUUUUGAAAUAUGAACAAAAAUGAGAAUUUAAUUAUUGCUAUUCUAGGAAAAGUAACAUACAGACUUAAGUAUCAGACAUGUCAGAUAUCAGAAUGCGAGUUCUUAUUUUUGCGAUACUCAAGCAGUUGCAUUAUUCGCCUUAAUAAAAACCACGCAAUAAUUUCUUAAUUUAUAGUAAUUACUUUCGGUUCUGACAAGGCAAUUGUAUUCAUUUCCAAAAUUCUGUUGCCUCAAACAAAUAGUCGUCUCCUAAAACUCUCCUGGUAUUUCGGGUUAGUUUUUAAAGUCUGUUUGUAAUUAAUGUAAUAAAGUUAUAAAUAAUCA